AUGCGUAAUGGUGGCCUUGCUGAGCUUUCCCAGUGGGAGCUUCCUGUCAUCGUAUUUGAAUUGCUGGUUGAAGAUGAGUUCCAUGGCCGUCGUGGCUCGACGGGAGUAGAAUAUCGUGUACCCGUGCUGGCCGGCUGGCUUGUUGGUAACGGUCUGUGUUGGCGUCGACCAUGGGCUGCGGGAGAGCUCGAAGCUGAAGUAUUGCCAAACGUCGUAUUACCGAAAGCCUUAGCCACUGCCGAGGAAUUCUUGAGCGCCUGGAAACCACAUGGCAUCAUGGCCGUUUUUCUGUACCCGGUUGGUAGUGCCAUUGUUCCUGGUCUCCCCUCUUGCUUGCUCUUGUUGUGCCGGGACACGUGAGGCAGUGUUCCUCACUGGAGUAUUUUCAACAACUGGUGAUGGUGGUCGUAGGAUUUCAGGCCGGAAUAACGGCAGGAGAAAUGAUGUUCAGGAUCCCUCACGGCAAGGGAUGCGGUUUCGUCCAGUUCGUCCAUCGCCAUGCCGCCGAGGUGGCCAUCAACCAGAUGCAGGGAUACCCGAUCGGCAAUUCGCGCGUCCGUCUCUCCUAUGGCCGCUCCCAGAACAACUCCGGCGUCGGCACAUUAAUCAGGAGAUUCGGUCUAGCAUGCUGUUCAUGGCGUAGUUUUGGAGGUUGAGGCCACGUGGGGUUCCAGUCGGUUGCCGGCCGUUGGCGCUGGACCGAACGCGUGUGGAAUCACGGAGUGGUAGCUGUUGGACAAGCGUUCAACCGGGUGGACUGAAAUUGAGGAGAUCAUGGGUUCUCUGGUUGGAAUAAUGGCAGGAGAAGGGCUGUUCUGGUUAAGGGGUGGGUGGGUGUAGUUCAGAUUCAGGUUCAG